AUGAUGGCUCAGUUGCGAGGGAUGAUGGUUUGUGUCACUGGAGCAUCGGGUUUCAUUGGAUCCUGGAUUGUCAAAUACCUCCUUGACAAAGGCUAUACUGUACGUGGAGCAGUCCGAGAUCCAGAGGAUUUGCGCAAGGUGGAACACCUCAAAAAUCUCAAGGGGGCCAACCAGAGGCUGGAGCUCGUAAAAGCUGAUUUGCUCGACAAUAGCCUAGUCGCGGCAACUGCAGGUUGCCAAGUUGUGAUCCACACGGCAUGCCCCUGUCCAGAGGCGAAUUUCCGAAUUACUAAUCCGCAGACCGAGCUGAUCGAGCCUUCAGUGAAAGGCACACUCAACGUCCUGAAAGCCAGCUUCAGUUCUGGAGUUUCCACUGUUGUGAUGACGUCCUCGGUGGGUGCCAUGUAUUUGGAUCCAACUCGGCCUCUGGAGCAGCCAGUGGAUGAAUCAUGCUGGAGCGAUGUGGAGUACCUUGUCCAGAUCAAGGAGUGGUACUGCCUGGCGAAGACUCUGGCUGAAAAAUCCGCAUGGGAGUUCGCUGCUGCCCAAGGCAAUGGUUUCAAACUGAUUGUGAUCAACCCAGCAGUCGUGAUGGGUCCAGUUCUUCAGCCCAAGCUGAAUGCGAGCAGCACCCACAUUCUCAAGUAUCUGACCGGAUGCGUGAAGAGCUACGCAAAUCGCUGCCAGGCAUAUGUGGACGUGAGGGAUGUGGCACUGGCUCAUGUUGCGGCUUUCGAAGAUCCAAAAGCAUUUGGGAGGUAUUUUCUGGCAGAGAGAUCGAUCCACAGGGCGAGGCUUGUGGAAAUGCUGGCAGAGCUGUACCCGCAGCUCCCAGUUCCUAAAAUCUGCUCAGACACCAAAAAUCCUGAAGCCGUUCCAUACAAGAUAUGCAAUGCCAAAGCCCGUCAAUUGCUGGAAUCAGAGCUGAUAAACAUUGGGAAGUGUCUGUUUGAUUCAGUGGAGAGCUUCAAAGAGAAGGGAUUUCUGUAG